AUGGUGAACGAGGGAAAAUGCACGUUUGGAACAAAAUUGCCCAUAGACAUUCACAUGCUCAACGAAAUUAUUUAUCGUGAAGUAAAGCACUUCAGGAAUUAUAAAAUUUACAGACCGAACUUUGGAUCGAUUCCCGUUGCCACGAAGUUUUACGCAGCGCACGAUCAAUUGAAAGCCGAGUCCAAGGAACAGACCGAGAAAGUCGACAAUUAUCACCACAAUGUGGCUCAGACUAGAGCCAAGGGCCCCGCAAGCAAGUACCCGGCUCCAGCCACUGAAAACCAGGUUUACGGCUGGUAUCAUACGCCGCUCGUGAAAAUGGAUAGAAACGAUCGACGCUUUUACAACCCGAAGAAAGAGAGCUCCCAUACCAAAAUCGAAAUUAUUAUUCUCAUGUCUAACCCCAAGAGUAAAUCGUAA